CGUCCGAGCUACGCCACACAGGGCCGGGGUGUUGGGUGCUGGAGAUCAGAGCGGGGUCGUGGCGGCGGCGGUGAGGACAGAGCGGCGGAGGGGGGGGUGUCAUGGCGGGACAGCAGUUCCAGUACGAUGACAGCGGGAACACCUUCUUCUAUUUCCUCACCUCAUUCGUGGGGCUCAUCGUGAUCCCGGCCACAUACUACCUCUGGCCCCGCGACCAGAACGCCGAGCAAAUUCGAUUAAAGAAUAUCAGAAAAGUAUAUGGAAGAUGUAUGUGGUAUCGUUUACGGUUAUUAAAACCCCAGCCAAAUAUUAUUCCUACUGUAAAGAAAAUAGUUCUGCUUGCAGGAUGGGCAUUGUUCUUAUUCCUUGUAUACAAAGUUUCCAAAACAGACCGAGAAUAUCAAGAAUACAAUCCUUAUGAAGUAUUAAAUUUGGAUCCUGGGGCAACGGUAGCAGAAAUUAAGAAACAGUAUCGUUUGCUGUCACUUAAAUAUCAUCCAGAUAAAGGAGGUGAUGAAGUUAUGUUCAUGAGGAUAGCAAAAGCUUAUGCAGCUUUAACUGAUGAAGAGUCCCGGAAAAACUGGGAAGAGUUUGGAAAUCCAGAUGGCCCUCAAGCCACAAGCUUUGGAAUUGCCCUGCCAGCUUGGAUAGUUGACCAGAAAAACUCAAUUUUGGUUUUACUUGUAUAUGGAUUGGCAUUCAUGGUUAUCCUUCCAGUUGUUGUGGGCUCUUGGUGGUAUCGCUCAAUACGCUAUAGUGGAGACCAGAUUCUAAUACGCACAACACAGAUUUAUACAUACUUUGUUUAUAAAACCCGAAAUAUGGAUAUGAAACGUCUUAUCAUGGUUUUGGCUGGAGCCUCUGAAUUUGAUCCUCAGUAUAACAAAGAUGCCACAAGCAGACCAACAGAUAAUAUUCUAAUACCUCAGCUAAUCAGAGAAAUUGGCAGCAUUAAUUUAAAGAAGAAUGAGCCUCCACUUACCUGCCCAUAUAGCCUGAAAGCCAGAGUUCUUUUACUGUCUCAUCUUGCUAGAAUGAAAAUUCCUGAGACCCUUGAAGAAGAUCAGCAGUUUAUGUUGAAAAAAUGCCCUGCCCUACUUCAAGAAAUGGUUAAUGUAAUCUGCCAACUAAUAAUAAUGGCCCGAAGUCGUGAAGAAAGGGAGUUUCGUGCUCCAACUUUGGCAUCCCUAGAAAACUGCAUGAAGCUUUCCCAGAUGGCUGUGCAAGGCCUUCAGCAGUUUAAGUCUCCCCUUCUGCAGCUGCCUCACAUUGAAGAGGACAAUCUUAGAAGGGUUUCUAAUCAUAAAAAGUACAAAAUUAAGACUAUCCAGGAUUUGGUGAGUUUAAAAGAAUCAGAUCGUCACAAUCUACUGCACUUCCUUGAAGAUGAAAAAUAUGAGGAGGUUAUGGCUGUCCUUGGGAGUUUCCCAUAUGUGACUAUGGACAUAAAAUCACAGGUAUUGGAUGAUGAAGAUAGCAACAACAUCACAGUAGGAUCCCUAGUUACAGUGUUGGUUAAAUUGACAAGGCAAACAAUGGCAGAAGUAUUUGAAAAGGAACAGUCCAUCUGUGCUGCAGAGGAACAGCCGGCAGAAGAUGGGCAGGGUGAUACUAACAAGAAUAGGACAAAAGGAGGAUGGCAGCAGAAGAGUAAAGGACCUAAGAAAGCUGCUAAAUCGAAAAAAAAGAAACCUUUAAAAAAAAAACCUACACCUGUGCCCUUACCACAAUCAAAGCAACAGAAACAAAAGCAGGCAAAUGGAGUUGUUGGGAGUGAAGCUGCAGUAAAGGAAGAUGAAGAAGAAGUUUCUGACAAAGGCAGCGAUUCUGAAGAAGAAGAAACGAAUAGAGAAUCCCAGAGUGAAAAAGAUGAUGGUAGUGACAGAGACUCUGAUAGAGAGCAAGAUGAAAAACAAAACAAAGAUGACGAAGCAGAGUGGCAAGAAUUACAACAAAGUAUACAGCGAAAGGAGAGAGCUCUACUGGAAACCAAAUCAAAGAUAACACAUCCUGUUUAUAGUCUUUACUUUCCCGAGGAGAAACAAGAAUGGUGGUGGCUUUAUAUUGCAGAUAGGAAGGAGCAGACGUUAAUAUCUAUGCCAUAUCACGUGUGUACGCUAAAAGAUACAGAAGAGGUAGAACUGAAGUUUCCUGCACCAGGCAAGCCUGGAAAUUAUCAGUAUACAGUGUUUCUGAGAUCAGACUCUUAUAUGGGUUUGGAUCAGAUUAAACCCCUGAAGUUGGAAGUUCACGAGGCUAAGCCUGUACCGGAAAAUCACCCACAGUGGGAUACAGCAAUAGAGGGGGAUGAAGACCAGGAAGACAGCGAGGGCUUUGAAGAUAGCUUUGAGGAAGAGGAAGAAGAGGAGGAAGAUGAUGACUAAGCAGUACUAUGACUGGACCACAAUAUUUGCACAUACUUGCAAAUUUUUGCUGUUUCGGAAGUGUAUAAUAAACCAGAAACAGUGCAGAACUGCUGUUGAGGGAGGUAUUAGUUCUUUACUCGAAAUGGGUGCAUAAUACAACUGGGCAGUGGUGGUGCCUUGGUGCAGUCCGAAA